AUGGCGACACCAGCCAGAUCACCCUUAGCGGGUCUAGCCCGAGUCGCCCUGCUCCUUACGACAUCCUUACCGCGUCUACACUCUCACCCACUAUUCAAGCGGAGCGAGGAAGGCGAUACCGAAUCGAGCGGGUUCUGGGUCAAUGUCGGCAUAGCCUUCUUCCUCGUCGUCCUGGGCGGUAUCUUUGCUGGACUGACCCUGGGUCUAAUGGGCCAGGACGAGAUCUACCUACAAGUGAUUGAGCAAUCCGGGGAAGGCGCGGAGAAGAAUCACGCACACAAGGUCCUCAGCUUACUGAAACGCGGGAAGCAUUGGGUUCUUGUCACUCUCCUGCUGAGCAAUGUCAUCACCAACGAGACCUUACCCAUCGUUCUGGAUAGGAGUCUUGGCGGAGGGUGGCCUGCUGUCUUGUCCUCUACCGUUCUUAUCGUCAUUUUUGGAGAGAUCAUUCCUCAGUCCGUGUGUGUGAGGUAUGGGUUGAGUAUUGGAGCUUACUUGUCGCCGUUCGUGCUCGGGUUGAUGUACCUCAUGUACCCGGUUGCGUACCCGACUGCACUUUUGCUGGAUUACAUUCUUGGGAAGGAUCAUGGGACGGUUUACAAGAAGGCGGGAUUGAAGACGCUAGUUACGCUGCACAAGAACCUUGGCCCGUCGCCUUCGGAGAGGCUGAAUCAGGACGAGGUUACGAUCAUUUCAGCGGUCCUGGACUUGAAGGAUAAACCGGUCGGUUCCAUCAUGACGCCCAUCAAGGAUGUCUUUACGAUGUCUUCGGAUACAGUUCUUGACGAAGUGACUAUGAAUGGGAUACUCUCGGCUGGCUAUUCCAGAAUUCCCAUCCACGCCCCCGGGGAACCGGCCAAUUUCGUUGGUAUGCUGUUGGUCAAGAUCUUGAUCACUUAUGAUCCAGAGGAUGAGAAGCGGGUGGGGGAAUUCCCUCUAGCCACGUUGCCGGAGACUAGAGAGGAGACUAGCUGUUUGGAUAUCGUCAAUUUCUUUCAGGAGGGCAAGAGUCACAUGGUUCUCGUCAGCGACUCUCCCGGCGAGAAUCACGGCGCACUCGGGGUUGUCACCUUGGAGGAUGUUAUUGAGGAAUUGAUUGGAGAAGAAAUUAUUGACGAGUCAGACGUAUUUAUCGACGUUCACAAAGCUAUCCGUCGCAUCAACCCUUCCCCACUGUCCCGCCGCUCAAUAUCUACCCAUUUCCCUUGUCUGGGCGAAGUAGCCGUCUCCUCCACGGCCAACAUUGCCGCCUCGUUCGCCGUUCCUGAAUCAAUAACCCAUCCCACCGGCCAUAUCGACAAACAGCUCGAGAAUCUCCUAAUCCUCGACGGUGAUCCGCGAAGCACAAACUCGACACCACACAACGAUAACGAUCCUAGCCACCCUCACCCACCAGCCACCGUCCGUCGCUCAAGCCAACAAACUUCCCUCACCGGUAUCCCGGAAAACGUCCUCCCACAGCUAAAAUUCCUCGGGCCCGCAAACCUGGCCGGAAACCCCAAGUCUACGAAAUACAAAGCCGUCAAGAUCAAACCCGCCGGAAACCACGAUGAGCACGCCCGCGCGCCCCUAUCAACUAGCGGGGGCAUCGUUCACGUGAUUCGAGCGCACGAGCCCCCCUGCGACGGGAACUCUCGGGCCGACGGCAACGGCGCCUUAUUAUCCACUAACCCUGGGGCCACAACCUCCGACCCAGCGCUCCUCCUGAAAAAGCCAAACCCCGGGGAUGAGUACGAGGGGCCCCCCUGCACGGAGAACGCUUCCCGCAUCAAGAAACUCAAUAAGCGUAUCGCUAGAAGCGGGAGUCUUGUCGAGCGCGUAGAGCACGUUAGUGGCGUGCCGAAGACUAUAAUUGAAACUACCAGUAGCGGUAGCGAUGGGGGUGGCAGCGGCAGCGAGAGUAAUGGGAAAGAAAAAAAUGGGCGGGAGAAGAAGAAGAGGGGGGCGAAGAAGGGGGGUGAAGCGGAUAAUGGAGAAACCACACCGUUGUUAGGCGGGUGGGGCGGCAAGUGUAGUAAGUAGUAGUUUUUGGGAAUAGAAGCGAUGUAAAAGAAAUAAUUGUAACUUUUAAAUAUUCCUCUACCGCUCGCUUCUUGCUCUUGUUUUCUUUUAUGUUUAUUAUGGCUGGUUAGUUGGUUAUCGCGGUCGCGGUCGGUUAUUCGCUCUAUUAUUUACGGUUUGCUAUGAUACUACAACAUCACAUUAUAACCCUGUUAGUCUACUGCACUACUUCUACACC